CUAUCUUGUAAGAAUAAUUUGAUAUAUAUUUUGCAAUAUCUUCAACCAUUUUCCUUCAGACUAGCAUGGAUAACGCACUCGCAAUCCUCAAACAAGAACCUCUAUCUGUCAGAUGUCAAAACCUGACGGAGCUCCUGCCCACCCUCCCUAUUAGACAGCUCCACAUGUACCUGCCCCAACUUCUCUCCAACAUAUUCGGCUACGACUCAACCCCCGGCUGGAGACUCUCAUCUCUUCACUCUAACUUCCAUCCUACUGAUUUUAAAGCUAUCAGAGCCUUCCUCAAACCCAAUGGAGGCUGCCUGUUCAAAGCUCUGCAAUGUUUGGAAAGCGACAAUUCCUCUCACUUUCUGUUUCCUUUUAACGCUCUACCCCCAAACUCAGUUGCUCUGCUUAACGACAGAGCUGUACCGUCUCUCUACAGGAUGUUCGUGAACGUGGAUAUAGAGUCGAAGGAGUUGAGCAUGACUGCAUACCACUACUACUUCAUGUACUUCACCUACUUCCUGAUUCACCCUCCCCCGGGCGUGGUCUGGCCUGCUAGUCUGGCUGAUGUGCUCUAUACCCAGCUGGUUGAGGACUACCUUCACUUCUUCUUACCACCCGGAAACAGUAUACCAAACUUUGGAGCAGCUCAUCCUAUCAACAGAUUCGUACCAAACACCUACUCUCUAUCUCAAGCAUUUGCGGAGAUCAUGUUUGAAAUGUGGCUUAAUCAGAGGGGAAAUGAUACCAACAAAGUUGUUCUUUCUAUCGAUCAACACCAAAGUCGCUCACUCAUACCCUGGAGAAUGGACUCCUAUGAUCACAACAACAAGGAUUUGCAGGUACGGAUAAUCAGGAUGCUGGUGAAACACACGCACCGGUUUGUCUACACCCCUCACCUGGUAAAGGACCGGUACACGGAGGAUAUCACCAAUUAUAUAUCAUCCUCAUUCCAGAGCAACACCUACCAGUUUCUAAAUUACCACUUUGCUACGUGGCCACUGAUAUCGAGUUUUAGAGGUUUGCUGGAGACAUGGUUAAGUUACAUCCAACCCUGGAGAUACACCUCUAUUGUCCCUGGUCCCCUUACAGACAGCAACAUAUCAGAAUGGCAGAACUUUAUCCGGGACAACCUGCCAGCCUACUGCAACUUGCUGGACCGGUGCCUCAGAAGAAUGUCUCACUCGCUUAUCUGCAGUGGGAAGAAUGUCACGUUGCUGUCACGUGUCCUCAAAAUAUAUUCCGCCCCACCUCUGCUCAGGACGAUAUGUGAGCUGGAGAGAGGGAACACCCACAACAUUGUCAACGUGUUUACGGAGGGGGAGGCAGCUCAAGAGCUGCUCGACAAACUUUCCGGGGAGAUAAUGCACCUGGAAAAGCAGCUGUCAAAGAGCACUCCCUCAGUCGGUCAGAGUGCUGCUGCUUCCGGUCUAUUCGGCUGGAUAUCCGAGGGACUGUGGUCACAGCCAGACCAGCAAGACGCACAGCAGAAGACAGUGGACGCUCUGCGCUCCUCUGUCUCCCAGCUUCAGACCAUGUUCUACAUCAGCCCGAAUAUGGAGACAACUAGCACGUGCCCAAGUGAGCAGAGUGGACCUGAUUAUGUCACCGACGCUCUUCACAGACGCAGACUUACUCCACAGGGUCGGGAGAGGAUGGUAGCUGGGACGCUGAAACGAGAUCUGAAAGACGUGACAGCAGAGUGUAACCCUGCACUACGUCCCAUAUGUUCCUACGAGAACCCCCAUCUAGUGCGUUACCUCUACAAGCUGUCCCUGUCCUUGUCUGGUAAGGUGGCUAGACAGUUGAGGGUUGUUCAUGGCUCUAAAGGUCCCAUACAGAGUGUUCUCAAACCGCUUGUUGUUCAGGUAAAAGAAGACGUGUCCGAGGAGGGAGCCUUACUCCUGAACCUGCGACCAGUGGCUUCUUAUCGCUUUAUAUUCUACAGUGCCCUUAUCUUCCUGCUAUCUUACAUGUCUGGCAUUAAUCCGCUCCUUAUCUUCACUUAUCUGGGACUUGCACUGGCUGCGUGUGCUUUUGCCUCUAGUAUUGUUACCUCCUCUUGACCUGAAAUCAUUUUAGUAGUUUAGGAGAGCUGUCAAAGGAGUUCAAUAGGUAUUAGACAUGUAUCAAAGCAUGGAAAGUGUUUGGUAAGGUUAUUUUAUUUUAAGGAGAUAAUGCACCUGAGGAGACAGUUUAUGACUAUGAGAAUUUGCCGGUUAUUUAUUUAUUGAUACCCCGAUUUUUAUUUAGAUUUUUACGAGUUCUGACCAUGUGUUUCAGACUUGGUUCUAACCGUUCGGGAGCGUCCUUGAUCUAA